GUGAAGGACGGCGGACGUGAGCAACGAGCCCGCGCAGACCGUGGCGCGGUCGCUGCUACUCGCGUGGACUACAGGAGGCCGGACUAUACGAUAUACAUUCGCUUGUACUAGCAAUCUACAUCCCAGACUACUACGGGUUGUAUCAAUAGGUCAUGUUGAAACACAGGCGCCAUCGAUCAGAACAAGCGAAAUCAGCCAGUAGCAGUCCGAGCCCGUCGUGGAGCCUGCCACAUGACUCGGCAAACCCUUCUGAAAUACCGUCAGGAUACAGUGAAGCUACGCGUCCCUUUGCAGAGAUUGUUCAAGAGCUUAACACGAAGAAGACAAAGCUCUACUAUGAAGGCUUCCUGCAACGCCGAGAAGAUCUCGAUGCUGACGGUGCACCCACAGGAUCGACUGAGUUCUUUGACUACUUUGCUCAACUGGAAGGAACCUCUCUCCUGUUGUGGUCCGCAAGCUCUACUACUAUUCCAUUGACAAACGCAAAAUCGACUUCGUUCGCAAAUUUGGCCGAUGCCCGGUUUGUACAAUCGUCCGAACGUAACAGUAUCAUCGUUUCAACUAUCGGCCGCAACCGCUUCACACUCAGGCCUUGUAAUGGAGAUUUGCAAGAGUGCGAUGCUUGGUACGUGGCCUUCAGGCUCGCUGUGUUCGAGCGUGCUCGUUUGCAGGAAAUUUACACUGCCCGUCUUGUCAAGCAAUUUGGAAGCGCUGAUGUGACCAAAAAAGACGCCCGUUUCGAUAGUUACGUCGAAGCGCGGGUGUCAAGUGCCGUUUCUGCCCAAUCUCAAUGGACACGUCUGUACUGCAGGACAGCCACCCCACAGAAGACCAGCCUAUUCAAAAAGCGCCAUUCGCGCUCCAUCUCUGCUUCGUCAGAAACUGGUACUGGUCCACCGGGUACCGUCGAGUUACAGCUGUUUGCAGACAAAAGGGACAGAUACCCACAAUUCGUAGUCACGAACGUAUUUGCGGCGUAUGCUCUCUAUCCAGAAAGUGCUUCGCUGAUUGAAACAGCAGCCAUGCUCAAGCUGGAAGGUCAAGUCAGCAUAGUUACCCCAGACGGGCAAUUGGGUACGGCUGUGAAUGGCAACGUCCUUCUUCUGCCCAUCAACGAUGCGCAUCAGAGACAUCGCACGAUCGGUACCACGCCGUCCUUGCAGUCCUUGCUGAACAUGGCAUCUGCAAUUUGGGCUGCAUUCAGCCUCUAUGGAAAGCCGGAUGUGCUUCAUCUGGACGUUGAUCACGUUGAGGCUCUGGGCCGAAAGACGGCCAUUGUCGAUUUAACCGUGUUGCAAGUCAUGGAAAUAGAGCAGCUCGAUGUCAGAAUGUCAGACAUGUCUUGGAGAGCCAUGCUACGUGAGAAAGUAGUUUUGUGGUCUCACUACAAGGAGUCGCAGGGUUAUGGCGUUCCAGUUCAGCUGGUGGCGCCACUCAAUCAGCUUGACAAGCCCGCUGUGGGAGAGAAGCGCGCUGGAAAGAGCAGACGCGUUCUGAGCGAAGGCUCGAUCACCUUCCCUCCACAGCCUCUGGUGACGACCCUCGAGGAAGAUGACCUUCUAGAGCGACUUGGUCGCUCCUCGCUCGGGAUUCCAUUGCUACCUCGAACAGAUUCUCGCAGCCCGGCGCGUUCUCAAAGCUCUUCCAAUGAGGCGGACCGACCAUUGCGUUUGCCAGGGCAGAACGGGCGUCGUGAACGCUUCAGUCCUGGCAAGUCGACUUCUACAAAUGUCUCACCAACGUUAUCCUCCCCGACUGUGACGGGCUUCUCUCCCCGCCUUCAGUCGUCCUCACGUCUAAAUUCACCAUCUGUAGGGCAGACUCGAUGGUCGAAGGCAGACGACAAUAUAGAUGGUGGCAAAGAUGCGGGGAGCGCAAUUGCUCAAAUAUCGAGCUCUCCUGCCAUGUUGGAGGCUCGAUUUGGAUUGAGUCAGCAGUUGGAAACGCGGGUCGAGCAACGGCGAUCUAGCUACGUGCUGACCGGCGCAGGUUCUGUCGACCCGAAACUUGGUUCGGCGUACAGCGAAGCGCCAGCAAGGUACGAAGCACCUGAGAUGGGUUGUUCUGCACGUUACAACCCGCAUGGGACAUCGGACACAAUAGACGCACCAAUGAGCAGUCCUUCAGAGCUUCCUGGCAUUGAUAUAGACGCACUCGGCCUUGUUCGUCAACCGACCUUUAUGUCGGACAUAUCAAGAGGGGUCUCCCUUGAUGCGACUAGCUCGUUAUGGUCUGCAGGAACCGAUGGAGAGGCAUCAAUUUACUCAGAUGUACCAAUCAGUCGAUUUGGCGAGCCUGAUGGUAAUUGCGCGGCAAGUGAGAAGAGUUUACCAGUCGAUGCCAAGCUGGGAGAGAAGAGUGAGCCCUCGCUGACUGCGGGAUGGAAUGGAAACCGAAGCGAGGCGAUGAGGUUGUUGAGCAUCCGCAGACCAUAUGCAGUGCCGCAAUCCCAUGCAGCUGCUCAAUGACAGAUGAAAAGCAUCUUGUGUG